AUGAGCUAUAUAGAUCAGCCUCAGAUCACACCAUCUUCAAAUUUUCACCAUCAUAUUCUUAGUAUCAACCUUUGCUGUUCAUUCUUACCAGAACGUAAAGCUACGCACGAGAUGGCCGUGAACCUCUUCACUCCAUGCCAGAUGGGAAAGUUCGAUCUCUCUCACAGGGUAGUGCUAGCGCCUCUGACGAGAUGCAGAGCGCUAAAUGAGAUUCCAAUGCCAGCGCAUGCUGAGUACUAUGCGCAAAGAUCGACCAAGGGUGGUUUUCUCAUCACUGAGGGCACCCUCAUCUCCGACACGGCCGCUGGGUUUCCAGAUACUCCUGGGAUUUACACUGAACAGCAAGUCGAAGCUUGGAAGAAUGUGGUGGAUGCUGUUCAUUCCAAAGGCAGCAUCAUUUUCUGUCAACUUUGGCACGUUGGUCGUGCCACCAAUAAUGUUUAUCAGCCUGGUGGAGGCGCGCCAAUUUCAUCGACAAAUCAAUCUAUCUCUGAUAAAUGGAGAAUCAUCAUGCCCGACAGGACUCUCGAUGUUCCUCACAAACCAAGAGCCCUCCAAACACAUGAAGUAUGGGAUGUUAUCGAGCAAUAUCGCCGAGCAGCUGAAAAUGCCAUUCGAGCAGGUUUCGAUGGUGUUGAGGUCCAUGGAGCACAUGGCUACCUCAUUGAUCAAUUCUUAAAGGACUCGAUCAAUGAUAGAACAGACAAAUUUGGAGGAUCAAUUGAGAAUAGAUGCAGAUUCUUGAUGGAGAUCGUCAAAGUGGUGGCUGGAGAAGUUGGUGCUGACCGAAUGGGAGUUAGAAUCUCGCCGGCAAUCGACCACAUGGAUGCCACGGACUCCGAUCCACUCAAUCUAGGCCUAGCAGUCAUCGAGAAACUGAACAAGUUUCAGAACGAGAUAGGCUCCAAACUUGCCUAUCUCCAUGUGACUCAACCUCGAUUCAUGGCCCAUGGCACGAAAAAUUACGGUGAAGAAGAGGAGGACGAAGAAGCUCGAUUGAUGAGAACUUGGAGGAGAGCUUAUCAAGGUACUUUCAUGUCGAGUGGUGGUUUCACGCGAGAGCUCGGGAUGAAGGCUUUGGCUGAUGGAGAUGCAGACUUGAUAUCGUAUGGUCGGCUCUUCAUCUCUAACCCCGAUUUGGUCCACCGAUUAAAGGUGGAUGCACCAUUGAAUGGUUACAACAGAGAGACAUUUUAUACUCAAGAUCCAGUUGUUGGUUACAUAGAUUACCCAUUUCUUGACCAGGAAAAUGGGGAAGGGACACACUAGUAAAUGAAAAUGCUAUUGGUGACUUGUAUUCCUGGGAA